AUGCCCGACUUCCCCACAGGUCCUAGCCCCGGGCCUGCAGAUGCACAAACCGAUAUCAAUCCCAACUUCCGAUUUUCAACACCUUCAUCUGGGCUAGACCAAGCCUCCCGUUCUGUGAGCAAUGCGGAGCACGCCGAUGGUGCUACAAUUAUCGUCACGGGCCACGUCCAAACACAUGGCGCUAUGGGGAAUGCGACCAUGGCAGCCAAUAAUAGGAAUGGGUCUCGCAGAAACAAACAAUAUACUCUGCCUGAUGGUUCAGUCGUGUCAGGGAAAGGGCUCGGUCGGGGGAGGCCCGGCAUCAAGCGUGGACCAAGAAAGUCGCAGGGGGGGAGUCAUCCAUCACCACAGGUAACGUCCGUCGAUAGUGCCGAAGCGUCCUCUCACCACGGAGGACCUGGGAGUAAGGAACGGGAGGGUACUGGUUCUGAAUUAUCUCUGCACUGGGCGUCGUCGCCCGAACCUGUUGCGUUAGAUUCCGAAGAGAGCUCGGAGGAAUAUAAUCCUACCUUGCAUACAAGAUCUGGGAGGCAGACACAGAAACCAACUCCUCUUACCAAGGCUACUGUCACGAGUGCAAGCCCCUCUGGUAAAGUCUCGCGCAAUACCCCUACUGUGAACGGCAGUUCGACCUCGACUCCCUCCAGCAAGACUCACCCGAAGAUUAAACGAAGAAUCUACCGUGGUCGCGAGCAAUUUGCGCUGUGCGAACAUUGCCUACGCGGAUACGGCCCUCCAGGGAAUGUUAUUGUGUUUUGCGAUGCAUGCAAUAAGUGCUGGCACCAGCGUUGUCACGAACCUCAGAUCUCGAAACAGACCGUGGCAGACUCGAAAGCUGAAUGGUACUGUUCCGAAUGUGACCGGAUACUGCAUGGUAAGAAGAAGGAGAAAAAGUCAAUCAGCAAGCUAAGCGCUGAGCCUGUGGUUGUUUCACCUCCUAUCAUCCAGCAAGCGCCCACAUAUGCAGGGCCAUUUGUAGGAGGACGCUUCUUGAACCCCGAGCAGAAGCUGGCAUAUCUCAAAACGCUGUCAAAGGAAGACUUGGUUCUACGUCUUCUACACGCUUCCGAUCUCGCACCGGACCUGCCCAUCUUUCAAACACUCGUUCCCCCUCCGCCUCCUCCGGUGGUCAUGCCUCAGGCUCAAUUUACUUCCACUUAUGUCACGCCAGUGUCAAAAGUGCCGUCCUUUAGGCCCAAUGAUGCUGGGCAGGGUCACCAGGUGGAUGAAGGUUACGACGGAUACUUUGAUGAGCACGCAGCGCUUUAUCCGAAGCCCGGCCAUGGAUUGCAGCUUUCGCCGGACAGUGAGGAUUUACAUAUGUUGCUCGAGGGCAAGGAGAGUAAAACGUUCAGCCAUUGGCAGAGGUCGAACCCGGGGCCGUUAUUCAGCGGAUCGGGCAAUAUCCUUUCGACGGCGCAUUAA